AUGUCCGCACCGCGCCUAACCUUCCUCUACCCGCUAUUCUACAGGUCCAUACGGAGCUCAGAGUCCGCCGCAGUACGCUCAGUGCCUGAGCGCAAACCCCGAGCCCCGCAGCAAGCAUGCUUCCACACGAGUCCUCGCCGUAGACAAGAGCUCCAGCCCCAACAACGCUAUGGCACCGCCAACGAACCUCCGCCGCAUUUGGGCGCCAGCAAGCCUCCACCUCUCCGAGAAGCGACAUCCUCAAAGCCGCCGCCGCCGCCAGACAGCAAGCCCAACCAGCCCCAAGCCCUCCCCCCCAAAUCCGAGCCCUCGAAGACCGCCCCUCCGCCCGCAGACAAGACGCCACAAUCGGAGCCCCCCGAUCCCUCUUCGUCCACCGAAUCCGUCUCCCCCGCCCAAAAAGCCUUCCUCGACGCCAAAAACGCAAAAGAGUCCUCCCCCUCGCAGCCCAAACCCGACCUCCCGCAGACCGCAGGCCCAAACCCGCUCGAGACGGUGCUGACGAUGCCGAGCCCGUCGGAGCGCGAGGAACAUCGCCCGCCGCAUCUGCAGACGCCGCCGUAUGUGCAUCAUUUCGACACGUUUGGGCUGGUGCAGGAGCUCGAAAGGUCGCGCUUCAGCCGCAAGGCGAGCGUGACGCUCAUGAAAGCCGUGCGCGGGAUCCUGGCCGAGAACAUGGAGCUUGCGCAGGAGAGCUUGGUCAGCAAGAGCAAUGUGGAGAACGAGACGUAUCUGUUUCGCGCCGCGUGUAGUGAGCUGCGGACGGAGACGCAGACGAAACGAAGGGCGGCGAUGGAGAAGAUGAGGACGGAGAGGACGCAGCUGCAGCAUGAGGUCGAUAUGCUGAAUCAGCGGUUCGGCCAGGAGAUGGCGAACAUGAAGGAGGAGCUCAAGGGCAUGUUUGAUGAUCGGAAGAUGACGGUUCGGAUGGAACAGAGGGAUGUGGACAGUAAGAUCCAGCAGCUCAACUACAAGAUCACAGUGACGCUCAACUCGGACGCGCGCAGCGAGGUCGAGGGGCUGCGCUGGGUCUUGACCAGGAGAGCGGCAACGGCUAUUGUACUGUCUGCACUGAUGAUCCUCUCAACGCUAAAGUACCAGAGCUAUAUGACGCAGCUACAGGAAAACGAGAGGAAGAAGAUGGCAGAGAAGGACGUCAAACCGGCUAGAGGCGAGAGCGGCGGCGGAUCUGGUCUGCUCAGGCCGAUUGCCGCUGGGGAGGAGACAAUUGGCGAGGAGUUUCUUGCGAGUCAGGGGGGUGGGCAGGGGUAUGUGUCACUUGGGUAA